AUGGUCAUGGCCAGCCGGAUACAUUCCAUCAUUGACCGAGAAGUUGCGGCAGAUCAGAUCGUGUCGGCCUUGUACUCGCGGUUGUUGACGCGGACCACCGCUGUGAACCCGGAUGUGCUACGGAAUGCGUCGUAG